AUGAAUCGCUAUUUGACGAUACUUAUUCUACUGUUUGGUUCUUUUGGAAAUGUUUUAAAUUUGAUUAUAUUUUAUCAACCUAAACAUCGUACAAAUCCGUGUGCUGUCUAUUUUUUCUACACAUCAAUUGCUGGUCUUAUUGCUCUUUAUUCAGGUUUACUUAGUCGAGUUUUUGCCGGUUUCUCACUUGAUAUAUCGGCAACAAAUGCCACACUUUGUAAAUCACGUGCAUUCAUCAUUUGGGUGUCAACAACGGCUUCAUCCUGGUUUUUAACGUAUGCUACUAUCGAUCGAUAUUGUAUAAGUUGUCGUGAUGUACAUCGUCGUAAUCUAAGUAAUCUUCGUUUUACACGCAGAUUAAUGCUCAUGACAAUUGUUGGUGGAUCAUUGGUAUUUGCUGAAACUUUCUAUUGUUAUGUACCAAAUCUUCAAAAUUCUCCAUUAACAUGUUAUGGUUAUAACAUGAUAUGUCGUUUAUACAAUGAGAUUGCUUCAGCACUUGUAUUCGUUUUUAUACCAUCAACAAUUAUGUUUAUAUUUGGAUAUGGAACUGUACAAAAUGUGAGAAAAUUAAAUCAUGUAAUUGCACCGACGGCUAUUACACAUGGAACAAUAGUUACAAUGAAAAAGACAGAUCGACAAUUGAUUCAAAUGUUAAUUGUUCAAAUUAUCCUAUUGACUAUAUUCAAUAUUCCUUUGGCUAUUCAUCGUCUCUAUUUGACAUCGAUAUUAAGUGUUCCAAAAAGUUUGCUAAAAUCGACAAUCGAAAAUUUUUGUUUUCAGCUAUUUUAUCUUCUCAGUUUUAUGAGCUUCGGAAUGCCAUUUUACAUUUAUACGUUAACUGGGGCAGUGUUUAGAAGAGACUUGAUAAAUCUAGCUCGAUUUGUUUACCGAAAAGUGAAAAUAGAAGUAUGCUAA